AUGGUUGGACACAACGGCCAUUCCAAUGGCGCCGAGAGCCCUCUCGCCCAGGUUGAACAGGUUGUAAAGGCAUCGCUGAGACCCUUGCCCACCGAGACCGGUGAUGGCACUUAUGUCAAGGGUAACACGGCCACUGGUUUGGCCCAGGAUCUGAGCCAUGUCGACCUCAAGGAUGUCAAGACGCUGGCCGAGGUCGCCAAGAGCGCCAUUACUGGCGACCCCAUUAACGAUCGGGAGUACAUUAUGGAGCGAGUGAUUCAGCUCGCGGCAGGCUUGCCCUCUACUUCCAAGAAUGGAAAGGACUUGACGAAUACUUUCCUGAGUACACUCUGGAAUGAUCUACAGCACCCGCCUACUUCGUAUCUUGGACGGGACUCUGCAUAUCGGAAAGCAGAUGGAUCGGGCAAUAACCCUUUUUGGCCUAAUAUUGGUGCCGCUGGUACCCCUUAUGCACGAUCUGUCCGACCACAGACGAUGCAGCCUGGUGCUCUUCCUGAGCCGGAGACCCUCUUUGAUAGUCUCCUAGCUCGGAAGGAGUUCAAGGAACACCCCAACAAAAUUUCCAGUGUACUUUUCUAUCUUGCAUCUAUUAUCAUUCAUGAUCUUUUUCAAACGAACCCCAGAGAUCAAACAGUAUCCUUGACCUCGUCUUAUCUGGACCUUGGUCCACUUUACGGAAAUAACCAAGAUGAGCAGAAUGCUGUGAGGACGUUCAAGGAUGGAAAGCUCAAGCCAGAUUGCUUCUCCACCAAGCGAGUCCUAGGAUUCCCACCUGGCGUUGGUGUCCUGCUGAUUAUGUUCAAUCGUUUCCACAACUACGUCGCCGAGCAACUCGCACAGAUCAACGAGGGUGGUCGUUUCACGAAGCCAGACGAGUCAAACACCAAGGCUUAUGCCACCUGGGAUAACGAUCUCUUCCAAACGGCACGCCUGGUUACUUGCGGUCUCUAUGUCAACAUCAUCUUGAAAGAUUAUGUUCGAACCAUUCUGAACCUGAACAGGACUGAUAGCACUUGGAGCUUGGAUCCUCGUGCAGAGAUGAAGGAUGGCCUUCUCAGUGAUGCAGCUAAGCAGGCUACAGGAAACCAGGUCUCGGCCGAGUUCAACCUUGUCUACCGCUGGCACUCCUGUAUCUCUGCUCGUGACCAGAAAUGGUCCGAGGAUUUGUAUAGGGAGCUGUUUGUGGGCCAGGAUCCGAACAAGAUUACCCUCCAGCAGUUCACCAUGGGUCUUGGAAAAUGGGAGGCGACACUGCCCGAGGACCCUGUGGCGCGUCCAUUUGCUAAGUUGCAGCGCCAGGCUGAUGGUCGCUUCAAUGACGAUGAUUUGGUCCGGAUCUUUGAAGAGAGUGUGGAAGAUGUUGCUGGAGCCUUUGGCGCCUCAAACGUCCCAACUGUCUUCCGUACGAUUGAGGUCCUUGGCAUCAAGCAGGCGCGGUCUUGGAACCUUGCUACGCUCAAUGAGUUCCGGACAUUCUUCAGCUUGCAGCCUUACAAGACCUUUGAGGAAAUCAACUCGGAUCCCUAUAUUGCCGAUCAGCUGAGACAUCUCUAUGAUCAUCCGGAUCUGGUUGAGCUCUACCCAGGUCUGAUUGUUGAAGAUGCUAAAGAUCCAAUGCUCCCAGGAAGUGGCCUGUGUGCCAACUACACCACUUCAAGAGCCAUUCUCUCGGAUGCAGUUACACUUGUUCGUGGAGACCGCUUCUAUACCGUUGACUACACUCCCAAGCAUUUGACGAACUGGGCCUACAACGAAAUUAACUAUGAUGUGAAUGUCGAUCAGGGCGCAGUCUUCUAUAAGCUGGUCCUGAGAGCAUUCCCCAACCACUUCCGCGGAGACUCGGUCUACGCACACUUCCCAAUGGUUGUGCCUCAUGAGAACAAGAAGAUCCUGACCAGCCUCGGAAAAGGUGAAGUCUACAGCUUCGAUCGGCCCAGUUACACGCCUCCGCCCAGAAUGAUCAACUCCCACGCCGCUUGCAUGUCGAUCCUCGCGGACAAGGAGACUUUCGGUGUGACCUGGGCCAAGAAGCUUGAGUUUAUCUUGAGCCGUGAUGGCCACACGUACGGCCGGGACUUUAUGCUGUCAGGCGACCGCCCAGAAAACACCCAGUCCCGCAAGAUGAUUGGCAAUGCUCUAUACCGGGAUAAGUGGAAGUCGGAGGUCCGCUCGUUCUACGAGGAAAUCACUUUGCAGCUCCUGCAGAGGAAAUCCUACAAGAUUGCCGGCGUUAACCAGGUCGAUAUUGUCCGCGAUGUGUCCAACUUGGCUCAGAUCCACUUCUGUGCUCACAUUUUCUCCCUCUCGUUGAAGACGGAUGCGAAUCCUCGUGGUGUGUUUACUGAGCAGGAGUUGUACCAGAUCAUGGCCUUGGUUUUCACCUGCAUCUUCUACGAUGUCGAGGUUACGAAGUCCUUCCAGCUGGAGCAGGCCUCUCGCAAGGUUGCCCAACAGCUGGGUGACUUGGUCAUGGCUAAUGUUGAGCUCGUUGACAAGGCUGGUUUCAUCGCCGAUAUUGUAAACCGUCUUCACCGUCACGAUUCUCUGACCGAUUAUGGUGUCCACAUGAUCCAGCGCUUGCUGGAUAGCGGGCUCCCAGCGAAGGAGAUUGUCUGGACUCAUAUUCUCCCAUCGGCCAGUUCCAUGGUCGCGAAUCAGGCUCAGCUGUUCAUCCAGUGUUUGGACUUCUACUUGGAGCCGGAGAAUGCUCAUCACCUUGCUGAGAUCCAACGCCUAUCGAAGGAAGAUACUCCGGAAUCUGAGGAGCUACUGUUGCGAUACUUCAUGGAAGGUGGCCGUAUUCGAUCAUCGGUCGCACUGCCACGCGAAGUCACCAAGCCAACUGUCAUCGAAGACAAUGGCGAGAAAGUUACCCUGAAAGCUGGUCAAGAUAUCUUCGUCAACCUGGUCGCCGCAAGCCUUGACCCCAAGGCAUGGCCAGACCCGGAACAGGUCCGUCUGGACCGUGACUUGAGUCAAUACUCCCACUUUGGCUUUGGCCCACACCAGUGUCUCGGCCUCGGUGUGUGCCAGGUCGCACUGCCCACUAUGCUGCGGGUUGUAGGACAGCUGGAGAAUCUUCGUCGUGCGCCGGGACCACAGGGUCAACUGAAGAAGUUGCCUGCUCUGGGAGGUCUGACUAUGUAUAUGGAUGCUGAGCAUAGUAUGAUCUCGCCGUACCCUUCGACUAUGAAGAUUCAGUGGGAUGGGGAGCUGCCUAGAGUGGCAGGCAAAUAA